CUCAAAAUGGCUGAGAGAAAAAUAUCUUGAAGGGAUUUUUUGUUAAGACAGAUGGAGCAACAAGCAGAACAAGUGCUGUCUCUACGUUUGUCCCGUUUUUUAGAGGACAUCGGGGUAAACAGAUACAUGAUAGCAAGGAGGAGGAGGACGUGGCUCGUACGCGAGAAAGGGGUGACAAUCAGAGAAUCAUUAAAAGGUAGAAACUAUAAAUUAUAUCAUUUUGGCAGCCAGAGUGAGGGUACUACAACCGUUGGCAUGAAAUCAGCCAUAGAUACAGUGUUAUGCUAUGAUUUCCCCGUCAUAUUGGACUGGGAUGAGUGGCAGCAGGGAAAGCUACAUCUCCUUGUUGUCAAGACAGAACAGUUCCCACCGCAGCACUGUUGGCUGCAAUGGCUGAGACGUGAACUUCCAUUACCAAGGACACAGGUCAUAAUUCCCAGUGAUGUGAUGGACAAUGAAGGCAGAGUGCUGCAUACAAACUCUCAGAUGGAAUUACAUGACACUAUCAGAGAAUAUAGCUCAUCAGGUGAAGUAGUGCAACAUGGACCAUCUAGAAGCUGGAAUGAAGAUGAUGUUGUUAUUGCCCAUCAUUGUAGCAGUCUCCCAAACGAUUGUCAGUUCCUGUUCCACAGACCCCGGCCUGGACACUGGCCUAGACCUGACACACUGGCCAGGGUCAGACAAGUUGGAGUGUUUCUGGUGCCACAGGGAUAUUCUGAGUGUCCUUCAAGACCAACCAGAUGUCGCUCUACUGCACUUCAUGUCACCCCAAAUAACCCAUACUAUCCACAGUCAAAAUGGGAAUGGAGGUUUUCUACAUCAAUGAUGGAAAGAUUACUGAUGUUUGACAUGAACACUGUGCAGUACAAGACAUAUGUAUUCAUUAAAAUAUUGAGAAAAACUUUCUUAAAGCCUGUGGUUGGAGACCGUCUCAGUACAUUUCACAUGAAGACUGCAAUGCUGUUCACAAUAGAGACAUAUUCACCAGAGAUAUGGAGGGAGGAAAACCUAGUACAGUGUGUGAUUUACUGCCUGACCACACUUUGCAGGUGGCUGAAGUUGAAACACUGCCCACACUUUACUAUAGAUAGAGUGAAUCUUUUAACAGGGAAACUAUUCAAACAUGAACUCCCAAUAUUGUCUGCAAUGCUUUCCUCCUUAAUGGAAUCCAAUAUGCCCUACAUUCCACAGAUAGACAUGGAUUUACUUGGAGUCAAGAUGCUGGGUAUAAGCAGAAGCCUUGUUCCUGGAAGUAACGAAAGGAAGAAAAACAAUCAACUGAUCCUAUUUCAUCUGAAUAAAGACUUCAAAGAAACAAUAGUAAUAUGGCAUCAAAUUGUCAUAACUAACUUUUCUAUGUACACUUGGGAUGAGAUCAAUGCACUCAUUAUAGAACAUAUUCACACUUUACAACAAAUAUCCCAAAAUGGGACAGACUUGGAACAAGAAACAGCUACAGUGAUCAUGCCUCUGUUGUAUAGUUCAUUUGCUUCCCUCAUAGCCUCAUUGUGUAUUCACAUAGGCCAAUCAAUUCCACAGGACAUUCUCCACCUGUACCACCUGUCCUUUGACUCUGAUCUUCUGUCCAGUAGACUCAAGUUUGCCUCCAUGCUCUACUGCAAUGGGCAGUAUGAUGGAGCAGCAAACUGUCUGGUCUACUCUAAGGGUCUGCUGGGUCAAGAAGUGUGGCAAUCAUGCAGUUGUUAUGGAAGAAAUUGCAUCAAACCCAGCAGUAAGUUCCUAGACAAGACUGAACAUUCCUCUAAUAAACACAUACUACAGAAGUUUACUGCCAUAUGUGUACGUUUCAUGCCUCAAGAAAUGUGCUGUGUACCAGAACACCUGGUGUAUGAAAUGUUCAGAACUGUAGGAGAUGAAGACAGGCAACAGAGAUGCCCAGCAAGUAUGUAUAAGUGGAUGGACCUAGUCGUGAUUGACUGUAUCCCUUUCCUCUACAAUCUGCAGUACCUCACAUACAGGCAACUGAACAUGCGUUAUAGGAAAGAUGCAGCACGAGCAAAGCUUCGCCACUAUCUACAUACGGACAGUCAAGGCCAUGGUCACAUAGAGACAGCCUUAAACAUGCUGGGCAACUGCUAUGAACUUGAAAACAGACUGGAUGUUGCAUGGAAAUGCUACUCCACAUCUUUAGAAAUCUACCCCAGAAACAAUGCAGCCAAUUGGCAUGUGGCCAGAAUACUGCAUCAGCUAGUUAACAGCUAAAUACUUCUGUAAAUAAAAUUGAAGUAUUCAAGUAUUGGUGAUAUCCUCACCAAUGAGCAUGUGCAACAUAUAAAAUUGAAAAAAUAUAAUAAGACUUACUUAGUUUUGAUCAUAAGUGCUCUGGGAAUGUGGACCUUCCCUUGAAUCAUAUUGAACAGUCGCUCCAAGUGCUGAAACAAGAGGCAUAAACAACUGUCUGAGCAUAAAGAGAAAAGAGAACUUUCUUGAAUCAAUUUUGAUACUACAAAUGUAAUCAAGAAUUAUAAAUUGUACAACAUAUUAUUUAGAAUGUUUUUUCUUAACUGU